AUGUUUGUUAAAGUACCGAAACUCAUCAAAACUCCAUCUCCAUUUCACUUGCUCUCCUCUAGUAACAACCCUUUAGAACACAGCUAUUACUUGUCCAUCGGGUCAUUCUUUCUUGUCCCAAAAGCUCGCUCUCGGUCACUCGAUAGCUUCUCAUCUGCCUGCUCUGCUCGCGACCUAGUUGACGAAUUUCCACAGAGGGGUCAUCAGUACUUGGAUGAUACUCGCUUCUACCAGGUAUGGAAUCUCAUUAAAGCCUCCACUUCGAGACCCCACACUGUUAAUGCUUCAACCCACCAUGCGUUGGCUCUGAAGCUGGGGGGUCUCAAUGACGUGCCCACAGCCACCUCCCUCCUCACUGCCUAUGCUAGAGCUGGUUAUUUGAGCUCUUCAAGGAGUAUUUUCAAUGAAAUUCUCAACAGAGAUUUGGUUGCUUGGAAUGCAAUGAUUACUGCUUGUGUUGAUAAUCAAAGGUUCCAAGAUGCAGUGGCCAUUUUCCAGGAGAUGAUGAAAGAGGGAUGUGUGUUUGAUUCUACAACCCUACUAGUGGCCAUAUCGGCUUUGUCCCACAUGAAUGACAUGAAACAAGGUCGGGUUAUCCAUUGUUUAAGCUUGAAAGCAGGGAUGGUUGCAGAUUGUUUUCUUGGUAAUGCUCUUGUAGACAUGUACGCGAAAUCUGCUGACUUGAGCUCAUCAGAGUGUAUGUUUGCAGAGAUCAAAUAUAGAGAUACGACAUCAUGGAAUUCUGUGAUGUGUGGAUGUCUAUGUAAUGGUUCCCCUGAAAAAUCAUUGUGGUACUUUGAAGAAAUCAGUUAUUCUGGUGAAAGACCAGACAAUGUUAGUUUCUCAUGUGCUAUCUCGUCAUGCUCUCGUUUGGGAGAUCUGCACUGUGGUCUAGUCAUUCAUGGCUUGGGCAUCAAACUAGGUUAUGGAGAAACUUCCCAUAUUUCUGUUGCAAAUUCCCUUAUUUCAUUCUAUUCACGUUGUGGGGACAUUAAGGCUGCAGAGACUGUAUUCAAAGGAAUGAGCUAUAGGGAUGUGGUUUCAUGGAACUCAUUGCUUGAUGGGCUUCUUGAAAAUGGAAAGAUUCUGGAAUCUUUUGAUCUUCUACAUGAAAUGCAAUUUAUGGCAGGGAUACAACCAGACCUGGUGACUGUACUUACCAUUAUUUCUCUCUGUUCCGAGUUAAAUUUGUUGCAGGAUGGAAGAGCCAUCCAUGGAUUCAUUAUUCGGAGGGAAAUGGAUUCAGAUAUAUUGUUGAAAAAUAGUCUGAUGGAUAUGUAUUCAAAGUGCUACAGCAUAGAGUCUGCAGAAGUAUUGUUCAACACCAUCCUUGAAAGAGACCUGGUCUCAUGGAACACAAUGAUAGCUGGGUACUCUCAGAAUAAGCACUUAGGAAAGGCUAAGAGUUUGUUCCUUGAACUGCUUCACUCGGGCCCUAGAUGCAGUUUAUUUUCCUUAUUGGCCAUUCUACCCUCCUGUAAUAACCUCCAAGCGCUUCAGUUUGGAAAAUUAAUUCACUGUUGGCAUCUAAAAAUGGGAUUCUCAGAAGAAGUUUUAGCAGUUAAUGCACUGAUGCUCAUGUAUAUCAACCGUGGAGACUUGGUGGCUUCUUUCUCAUUGUUGCAGAGUAACCAAGAUAUAGCAGAUAUUGCUUCUUGGAAUACUGUCAUUGUAGGUUGUACACAGAGUGGUCACUUUAGGGAAUCUCUAGUAGCUUUCAACCUACUGCGCCAGGAACCUCAUAUAAAUCCUGACUCUAUCACUUUUGUAAGCAUCCUAUCAGCAUGUGGGAACCUCAACUUGAUCAUGGAGGGUAGAUUUCUCCAUGGCCUUGUAGUUAAAACUUCAAAGGAAUCAGAUAUACAUGUGAGAAAUGCCCUGCUAACCAUGUAUAGCAGAUGCAGGGAUAUUGACAGUGUGAAAUUAGUUUUUCAUUCUAGUCCUUAUCAUAAUCUAUGUUCAUGGAAUUGCAUUAUCUCUGCUUGUUCUCAGAAUCAAGAUGGAAGAGGAGCACUAGAACUAUUCAGCUGUCUUCAAUUUGAACCUAAUGAGAUGACCAUGGUUAGCAUUCUCUCAGCUUGUACUCAAAUUGGAGCUUCGAGACAUGGAAGAGAACUCCAUGGACAUGUCAUCCGUUUAGGAAUUAACCAGAAUCCUUUUAUAUCUUCUGCCCUCGUGGAUAUGUACAGCAAAUGUGGAAGACUGGACAUUGCUGUUCAGAUAUUCCAAGGAUUACCAGAGAAGUCUGUUGUGUGUUGGAAUAUUAUGAUAGCUGCAUAUGGUUUCCAUGGUGAUGGCAGGAAAGCAAUUCAAUUGUUCGAACAGAUGUGUGAAACUGGGGCUAAAGCAACAAAGAGCACUUUUGUGAGUUUACUAUCAGCUUGCAGCCACUCAGGACUCAUUGAUGAGGGCUACUGUUAUUACAACCAUAUGUUGAACGAAUUUGGAAUAGAACCAGUUACUGAGCAUCAUGUUUGCAUUGUAGAUAUGCUUGGUAGAGCUGGGAGGCUACAUGAAGCUCAUGAGCUUAUCAAACAGAUGCCAAGUAGUCCUCCUUCAGGCGUAUGGGGUGCUCUCCUAAGUGGUUGCAACUACCAUGGAGAUCUCCAUAUGGGGAAACAAGUUGCAGAGCUUCUCUUUAGCAUGGAACCUGAUAAUGUUGGCUACUACAUUUCAUUGUCAAACAUGUUUGUGGCUGCUGGUUGGUGGAGUGAUGCAGUGGAGACCAGAAAAAUGAAACAAGAUAAGAAACUAAAGAAGCCACCAGGCUUUAGCCUCAUUGAUGCUCCAAAUUUCCACUACAACAAAGUUCAGAUUUAG